AGACUUAUUUUGUGCGACGCAGAAUUUGAAGUCACUCAUCUCAAAGUCCAGAGCCGUCGAAGCCUCGGCGUUUCGACCGUGCUGGACGCGUGGUGCAUUUUGUACGCCGGGGCUGCGCUCGGAGCGGCGUGUCGCGAGGAGGGUGUGUGCGCGCGCCCAGCGUUUCGCUCGUCGACAGGCCGAGAGAACGAGUUGUUUCGCGCCCUCGAAGCUCGCGGCACAAGGGCCCGAGCGAAGGCCGCACGGCGCCGACCGAAAGGCCCCGCAGGGUUUUCAGACGACUAUGAAUAACAUGCACACGGAACAUCUUAUGUGUGAGCGUAGGUCUUUACGUGCGAUGCAGAAGAGAGAGGUGAGGAGUUUCUUGGUUGUCGCGCGGCACCCAGUUCUAGAGCCGGGUCAAUUUAGGAGGUGCCAAAAAAAUUUUUUAUACAGAUUUUUGACCCCUUGGAAACAAUCAAACGGGUUAUGUUUUUUGGAAGAAGCGGUUUGGGUCGCUUUUUGCAACAUGGUUCGCGUUGCGCGCUUUCAUCGAAUGCUUCCUGGAGCAAACAGACUGGGUCUUUGAAGCCUUUUGGCCGUCGUUUUUACGUCAAGGUCGCCAAUGUGAAAUCAGCUAAAAUUCAAGCGGCACCGAAGUUGACGCCAUUGAAUACGGCGCUUCGGUCGUUUUAUCUCAAAGUUCAUCCGGACUUGUUCGCUGCUCAUCCGGAGGCUCAGGGUGUCAACGAGAACUCCUUUAAGCUACUCACCGAAUACCUGGACCUUUACAAGAACGAGAACGACUCGGAGAAACCCUUCAACCUCGUGUUCUACCUGCGCGCGCCAGAAAGUCCGUCGAACGAGCUGUCGGUCGUUAGGUCGAGUCUGCGCCUUCCCGGGCAGCACGCAAGCAUCAUGGUCAGAGAGGAAAUUCUCAAGAACAAUCUAUCGAGGCUGUUUCGAAGUUGCGGCUACUACGAAGACUUUGACGUAACUGGAUACGGGUCGUCUAAGAACAAGCUUCGGAUGGCCAGAGGCACCGAAGUUUCACUUAUUUGUCUGAUUUUGGCCGCUUCGUCUCGACUUAAAUUGGGUUGCACAAAAAAACCGUCCGCGGACACAAAGACCGAGACUUUGAAGAACGAGCUGAGGGCUGAAAACGAUCUCGUCAAGCAGUCUAUUCUCAAAAUUGUGGACGUGAAGCUUUCGCUGGAAGUUCCGGCUGUUCUAUUCAAAACGCCUUUGAUGCGUCUUAGGAAGCUGAAUGAAUGGCUCGAAAGGCUGAAUUUGGCUCUCACACAGCUGCGUGAAUCUGGAUCUCUUUCUGAAACAGAGUUGAAGGGAAAGACGAUCACUUUCGGGUACAAUCGACACGGGUGCUAUUCUGAAGCGUCUGGCGUCAUUUAUCUGGACGUCAAUCAGGGCAUAGACGUCUGGAUGGCGAUUCUGGCCAAGGCCGAUAACCUGUCUCGAACCCGCCAAAAAAACCAACUCGAUCACAUCCGAAAAAUCGAAAAAAAAAUUUGCAGUCUUGUUGGCGUAUCACACAUAGAAGCCAGUCUCAGCAUCAUCCUCAAGAACCAGGCCGACUAUAUAGAGUUCCUUGAAAAGUGGCAAUCUGCCUGUCUGGCGCAGCCCGAUUCUUGGCGCGGUCCCCCGACGCUGAAGAAGUUGACAAUUAGGUUUAUUGAGCACAUCACCGACUCUUCGUCCAUCGAAGCGCUCCAUGGGACCGCACAUCUUCCCCUCGGCAUCUCCACCGACGAAAUUAAACGCACGCUCAUAGAGGAUGGACCCAGACUCGUCUCCCAACAUGACCACUUCAUUCGGACGCUGAACGAUCUCAAAAAACGGUACAAGCUCAACGACAUCCUUCUGGACCCCCAAAUCAACAGCGAAAUGGUAGUACAGUGCGUCAACCGACUCUCAGAUGGGUACAAGAUUCUGAGGGAAUAUCUCUCCGAAAUGAGUAUCUGCAUAUCGAACGAAUAUGGGUUCAACGAAGAUACGAAAAUAAUGUUUAUAAAAUGGGAUUUUCUUCUUUGAA